AUGAGCGUCUGUAGUGAGGCCUUUGACCUGGAUGCUAAGCUUGCCCCACAUCAUGAGGGGGCAUUCAAGAUCAUGAGCCCCAGAGGAGUCCAGAAGAGUCCAAACGAGUCCAUAAUGCAGCCUCCUUCUCCUCUGGAGGAUUGGUGCGGGCGCUCCAGGAACAGCUUCAGGAAACACGGACUGAAAUCAACACUCCAAGAACUGACUUCAGACUCAGCAACAACAGGCUGA